AUCCCCUCCCGGACCAGUGCCGACCCGUUCUCGCGAGAUCCGGGCAGCCGAGCGCUCGGGGCCCUUUCAAAUCGGGAUCCGUUACCGCUUCCCCUGCCGCCGCCAUUGUCGCGCUCGGAGCCCCCCUCAGCGCAGGUGGCGGAGGCAGCGGCGGGCGGCGGGAUGGCGGAGACGGACAAGCCCGAGGUGCCUGGGGCCGCCGGCGACGACACCCUGCGUCAGCAGCUGUCGCCCCUGGAGCAGCCGGAGGAGUCGGGUCAGGAACAGCUACAGCCACAGCAGGAGCUGGAGAAGCAGCAGCUGCCACACGGAGGCAACUCCAAUGGCGUUAAAAUGGAGAAUGAUGACUCUGUAAAAGAAGAGAAAUCUGACUUAAAAGAAAAAUCUACAGGAAAUAAGAAGGCAAAUAGAUUUCAUCCUUAUUCAAAAGACAAGAAUUUGGGCACUGGGGAAAAGAAGGGUCCUAACCGUAACAGAGUUUUUAUUAGCAACAUCCCAUAUGACAUGAAAUGGCAAGCUAUAAAAGAUCUCAUGAGAGAAAAAGUUGGUGAGGUUACAUACGUGGAGCUCUUUAAGGAUUCGGAAGGAAAAUCAAGGGGUUGUGGUGUGGUUGAGUUCAAAGAUGAAGAAUUUGUAAAGAAAGCAUUAGAAACUAUGAACAAAUAUGAUCUUAGUGGAAGACCCCUGAAUAUUAAAGAGGAUCCUGAUGGAGAAAAUGCUCGUAGGGCACUGCAACGUACAGGAGGAUCAUUCCCAGGAGGACAUGUCCCUGAUAUGGGUUCGGGGUUGAUGAAUUUACCACCUUCCAUUCUCAAUAAUCCAAAUAUUCCUCCUGAGGUUAUCAGUAAUUUGCAGGCUGGUAGACUUGGUUCUACAAUUUUUGUUGCUAAUCUUGACUUCAAAGUUGGUUGGAAGAAGCUAAAGGAGGUGUUCAGCAUAGCUGGAACAGUAAAACGGGCAGAUAUUAAAGAAGACAAAGAUGGCAAGAGCAGAGGAAUGGGCACAGUCACUUUUGAUCAAGCAAUUGAAGCAGUUCAAGCAAUCUCUAUGUUCAAUGGACAGUUUUUAUUUGAUAGACCUAUGCAUGUGAAAAUGGAUGACAAAUCAGUCCCUCAUGAAGACUAUCGCUCACAUGACAGUAAGACACCACAAUUGCCCCGUGGUCUUGGAGGCAUUGGAAUGGGGCUUGGACCAGGUGGGCAACCCAUUAGUGCCAACCAGUUGAACAUGGGAGGUGGAAUGGGAAAUAUAGGACCAGGAAGUAUGGGAAUGGAUGGUCCUGGUUUUGGAGGAAUGAAUAGAAUGGGAGGAGGAGUUGGGUUUGGUGGCAUGGAAACAAUGAAUAGCAUGGGAGGAUUUGGAGGAAUUAGCCGAAUGGGAGGAAUGGGUGCUAUAGAUGACUUCAGAGGGAGCAUGGGCAGUGGAAUGAGUGGAGGGAUAGGGACUGGCAUGGCAGGAAUGGGAACUGGUAUGGGCGGCCUGGGAAGCAGCAUGGGAGGUAAGUUAGAAUUGUAUCGUGGUGGAAUGGCUAGUAGCAUGGAAAGAGACUUUGGACGUGGUGACAUUGGAAUGAAUCGAGGUUUCGGGGAUUCUUUUGGCAGAAUUGGUGGUGCAAUGAUUGGAGGUUUUGCAGGAGGAAUGGGAGCUUCUAACAUGGGUCCAGUAGGAUCUGGCAUGAGUGGUGGAAUGGGUGGUAUGAACAGCAUGACUGGAGGAAUGGGGAUGGGACUUGAUCGGAUGAGCUCCAGCUUUGAUAGAAUGGGACCUGGUAUGGGAGCUGUACUGGAAAGAAGCAUUGAUAUGGAUCGAGGAUUUGUGUCCGGCCCGAUGGGAAGUGGAAUGAGGGACAGAAUAGGCUCCAAAGGAAACCAGAUAUUUGUCAGAAAUCUGCCUUUUGACUUGACUUGGCAGAAACUAAAAGAGAAAUUCAGUCAGUGUGGUCAUGUAAUGUUUGCUGAAAUAAAAAUGGAGAAUGGAAAGUCAAAAGGCUGUGGAACAGUCCGAUUUGACUCACCAGAAUCGGCUGAAAAAGCCUGUAGAAUAAUGAAUGGCAUAAAAAUCAGUGGAAGAGAAAUUGACGUACGCCUGGAUCGUAAUGCAUAAUUUCAUACUACAUUCAGAACAUUCCUACAUAUGUUUAGCUUCUCUAUCCUAGUAAAGAGUCCUUUUAGUAACAUUAAAGAAGCUGUAAAAAUGAACUUUUAAAUCCCACCAGCCUUUAACAGUAUAGUGUUAAAAUAUACUGUAAUUCUUGCUAACAAACUUGAGUUUUAGUUUUUAAAGACAGUGGCUCUGGUCAUUCAGUUUAAAUGAAUGGUUAUACUGUUUUUAAUGAGAUAAGCCAUUUCCCCAUUGUUACUUUUCAGUACUGCAUAGUGGGAUUUGUUUAGUGUUUAAAUUUCUCCAGCUUGUACCUACUUUAUUGUAAUGUAAAAAAAAAAAUAGAUGUUUUUCCAGAACUUCAGUUUUCUAUAUGCAUUGUAGUCAUAAUUUAACUUGAAAAGAAAGGGCUUGGAUAAAUUAGGUUGUGAUUUUGUUUGUUUAAAAUUAGUUUUAUGCCAUGGUGCAGAAUUACUGUAAAUAAGUUUUUCAGCCUAGAGGGAGUUUGGGAUGUUUUUUAUUUGAUUAAAUUAAAUGAAUCUUUCUUGCUUCUCUACCCCCAUCCCAGACCCCCUCUGUCACAAAUAGGUCAUUUUAUCCCCAUAACACUAGUAAAGAUCAGUCUCCACAGCCCCUUAUUUUAUUGUUUCCUAUAAUUCCAAGUUCAUACAGAACUGAUAAUGUAGCAAGCACCAAGUACGUUACUAGACACACUACCCCCAACUUCUUGUCUAGUUUCCAGCCAUUCAAGUGAACAGCUAGAAAAAGAAAAACAAUGGAAAGAAUGAGAGAAAUGGCUGUGUAAGUCAAUCCACUGCUGUUAACUUUGACAGGAGCCGAUGUAUUUGUGAACACAGUUUGAAUAAACCAUGGAGCACCUAAACACAACAUAUCAAACACAUUGGAUCCUAUAAUGUUAGACAUAGCCAUAUCUCCUCUGCCUGCAAAAGAAAAGAGCAUGUUGUUGAAAUGUGCACAUUAAAUUAACAUUUUAUUAAUAAGAUGUUUUUCUCUGUUUUGGAAAACUUGUUUUAGAGCAGAAUUCUUACUGAAUUUGUAUUUGCUCAGUUGUUUUUAGUUAGUAUUUAAAUAUUUAACAUUAAUUUAUCAAAUAGUAAUUAUCUUUAUUUAUUAAACAAUUUUCUUAGAA